AUGCCGAACCGGAAGAACAACAAUCAACACCCGAGGAAGAACAACCGCCGCCGGAAGCUAGAGGAAGGAGGAAUCCAGCGCGUAACUGUCGACGGCCGCCAUCCUUACAAGCAACAUUCAGUAAAAAGAAGAGGCAACCAAAAGUUAGCUCCCAAGUUUUUCGGGCCUUUCCCAAUAGUGGCCAAUGUGGGCAAGGUAGCUUACAGGUUGCAGUUACCUCAAGGGUCCAAACUGCACCCCACUUUUCAUGUUUCUCAACUCAAGAGAGUUGUUGUGCAUCUAGUGGAGUUGCCUAUAGUUGCAUCUGAUGGAUCUAUGGUGAAAGAAUCUGCUCGGAUUUCAGACGGGAGGGUUGAAGUGAGGGAAUUGUGCAGUUACAAAAUCGUUGGUUGA